CUGUCCUGUGAGCAUUGCGGCGAGACAUUCCAUCGUCGAGAGCAUCGGAACCGCCACGUCCUCCGGCACACAGGUCUCAGGCCGUUCAACUGCGAUGUAUGCCAUAAGUCCUUCUCUCGAAAAUCGAGCCAAAAUAUCUCGAACCAAACGCCACCACAAUCUACUGCAACCAACGACGUGGGCAGCGUCCACCUUCGCCCUGAGACCACCCAAAUAGCUCACAAUGGCUCACUACCCGUUGAUGUACAAACAACGUCAGGGCAGUGGGGUGACCAUCGCAUGAUGCCCUCAAACCUCAGCAGCCUUUCUGCUAUCUCGCCUGAUGCUGUGCCCGCCCCGUCACUCGAAGGCCCCGCUGCAUGGCGCCGAGGCUCUGACUUUGUGGCUGGAGGGUACUUUGAAGGCGGCAGCAGCAGCAGCGAAUUCGUUGGAAUGACCGAUGAUUUAUGGGUACCUUGGAAUCCAAUGGCAAUCAAUCUCUCACUGCCAUGGCCUUGGGAUAGAUUAGGAAGAAAUAUAGAUCAGUCAAGGCUUUUCGAUUCACAUUACCACUUACCAGCUUUCGGCCAAGUCUCGGCUCUCACUCCAUCGGCUUCACUCAAUGGUCAUUGGGACCCCAGGAAUACAAACCCGAAUCUUCCUCGGUCAUGUAGAUCCUUCCCGAAGCUGACUGGUGCCAGUUUGGAAGUUGCAGCUACCGAACUGUAUGGCCAUAUUCCAUACCUGCCGAACUCUGGCAUUCGAGGCUUGCAUGACUUCUAUGAAUCGCAAAGACGAAGUUCUCGUGCACCAUUUGUCCAUGACCGUAUCUUUCACGCUUUUAUCGACCUUUACUUCGAGCAUUUCGAUCCUCAAUUCCCUUUUCUGCAUCCAAAUCGUCUAAACGUUGACGAAGUACCCUGGAUCUUGCUACUGGCGGUAGCUGCCGUCGGGAGCCAUUAUUCCGAGAUGACUGAUGCUCAGAGAUAUAACCUGACGCUUGUUGACCUCCUUUGCCGGGCAGUAGAGUCAAAGGUCAAUCUUGUUGUCAUUCAAUCUAUAAUGCUUCUUCACAUCCUUCUUAUGUUUUCUGGCUCUUAUAGAGAGAGGGUUAUUCUGCAGCAUAAACGAAGUAUGCUGAUAAACCUUUGCUGGGAUCUGCUGAGCAAAGCACGACCGCAAAGAAGAGUUGCCAUUGAUAAUCCCGACAUAGAAGCCGAGUGGCAAUCUUGGCUUUCCAGAGAGGAAGAGAUACGUCUGUUGACUUGCGUGAGAGUAGCCUCCUAUCUGCAAAUCCCAAAUACAGGUAUGGGUCACGGCACAUCGUCGCCUCCAUUAGCAGAUUUUGAGUUUAUGAGAGGCGACAAUACCCUUCUCGACACCUCGGUCGACUUACUAUCGUACGCUACUCUAGAAGGCUCAUCAAUCGGCCCGCAUCACCAGAUAGAGACCAUCUUUCACGUUUUGGCUAUCUUGAGACGCGUCUCCUUAGAGAUUCUUAACACAGCGACAGGAUGGAAGACAACCAAAGAGAACAUGCACCGGGCUAGGAGAAAAUUUGUGGACUUUUGUCAACAAAACACCGUGCAAGCUCGCAGAUGCUUAUGGCACGCGACAUGCAUCUUCAAGAAGACGCGCAGUUCGCGGAAGCUGGCCUGCUACGACGUGUACAGUAUACUGAUCUGUACCACUUACAUCUACUGCUACUGCUCAUUCUUCAUAUCCGAAACGUCAGCAUCCCGUCAGACUACGUUGAUGAGCCAGAGGAGAGCCUCUGAAAAGGAUUCACCACCAACCGUUGUGCGAUUAGAUCAGCUGAGAGACCGGUCUAGUAUCGAGCGAUGGAUCCAGAGCGCUGACGAACAUUACUUGAUUCAUUUGACGGGAGUUGGGCUAUUGAAAGGGUCUGACGAUGCUGUUAGAUUUCUUCGGGAUAUUGAAAGGACCCUCGAGUCCCAAAUUGCGUGGCGAGGGAUAUGUUGUGCUUUUGCCACAACCUUUGCUCAGGUCAGGCGUGGGGAAAUGCCUACCGAGUCCCAAGAAGAC